AUGGCGCAAAUCCGUGGCACUGCCGGCUACAAUUUUGGCCACCAGAACCCCUUUGGGGGUCCUGGCAGAGUAGAGGCAACGGGCGACCCCAGUCCUCUGGACGCUGUUCGGGAACAAACCAGCAAAAUCGAGGACUGGUUGGACACCAUGGCAGACCCCGUGAAACCAUAUCUACCAGCCAUUGGUCGCUUCCUGAUCGUGGUCACCUUCAUCGAGGACAGUCUCCGGAUGAUCACUCAAUGGAACGACCAACUAUUGUACCUCCGUGACUAUCGGAAGAUUCCAUGGGGUGUCACGCAUACAUUCCUUAUCAUCAACAUGCUCGCCAUGUCGCUUUGCUCGUUUAUGGUUAUUGCCCGCAGACACACGGAGUACGCUGUUGCCGGUCUCCUGGCCGUUGUCAUCGUUCAAGGUCUCGGAUACGGACUGAUUUUCGACCUCAACUUCUUCCUUCGCAAUCUGAGUGUUGUCGGUGGCUUGCUCAUGGUUCUCUCCGACUCAUGGGUGCGCAAGAAGUUCGUCCCUGCAGGCUUGCCCCAGCUUGAUGAGAAGGACCGCAAGAUGUACGUCCAGUUCGCUGGUCGUGUUCUGCUGAUCUUCCUCUUCAUCGGAUUUGUCUUCUCGGGCCAGUGGAGUCUGUGGCGCAUCAUCGUCAGCCUGUUCGGCUUUGUCGCGUGUAUCAUGGUCAUUGUUGGAUUCAAGGCCAAGUGGAGUGCGAUCAUCUUGGUGGUCUUGUUGAGCGUUUUCAACGUGCUGGUCAACAACUUCUGGACGCUUCAUCCCCACCACCCCCACAAGGACUUUGCCAAGUACGACUUUUUCCAGAUUCUGUCCAUCGUCGGAGGACUUUUGCUUCUGAUCAACAUGGGUCCCGGCCAAUUGAGUAUGGAUGAGAAGAAGAAGGUCUACUAG